CACGGGAGACGGUCGAAAAAAUAUAACAGAAAUAAAAGAAAAUAAACUAAAAGUUUAACUUAUUGACUGAAAAAAGCAUUACGCGGCAGUUUGUUCUCGCGUACAGGUCACAGGCGAAAUUUAUUAAAGAAUCAUUUUCUUAGAGAAAAUAAGUCGUCGAGACACGAUUAAUAAUUUCUUACAGCUCGUAAUUUAAAUCAAUUGAGUAUUCUAAGACAUUAAGCAUUAAAUCAUGAGUGAAGUUUUCGCGGAAAUUUAAUCUAUUUGUGUGAAUUUUAAAUGAUAAAAUCAUCAACGUGAUAUUCUUGGUGUAGUCUUAAUUGAUGAAAUAAAAGUGGAUCAGUUUUAUAUUUUUGGAUAAGUCGGUCGGAUGCUACACAAAUUUUUGUCAUUUAUGAUCAGGAAUACUCUUAAUUUGAAAGUUGGAAGUUAAUUAAUUAAUUGCAUCUUUAAGCUCAUUUUAAAAUCAACAAUGGACUUUAUAGAAAAUCUGAAUCAUAUGAACAUUUUGUACACAAAUCAAAGUGCAUGCGCAGUUUUGAAUAUUAUUAAAAUAAUCAUAGCAACGAAUUUGAUAUUUUUGUGAAAUUUUAAUUUAUGUUGUUAACAGUUUGUUUUCUGUUCUGUUCUCAAAAAUUAUAAAAUUUUCACCGGCAGAGUCUAUUAAUAGCAUUAUCUCUUCGUAAGUGUCAUGAUUUGAUACAUUUAUUUUUUCAGACGUUUUUAUAAAAUCAAAUCGACAAGUUGUGAAAUAAAAAAUUUCAGUAGGUUUUUAUCAAUACAAGAAUAAAAUUAGAUUGUUGAGAAAUAAAAAUGUUUCUAUUGAAAAUUUGAAAAUGCAAAAAAUUUUCGGUGCAAAAAAGGAACGACGCAAAAUUCAAAGUGAUCGAAAAUGGUGGCAAUUUUUAAAGAAAACGAGAGUGAAGCCAGUGAGAGCUUUAGAUAUCCAGCAUCAUGUAAACUUCAAUCAAAAUCAUUAUAAUAAUAACAACAACAAUAACAAUCCAGAGUACUAUGAGAUGGAAAAAUAUGUGGAUAGAGAUAACAAUCAUUACAGACGACGGUAUUAUGGCGAUAAUUUUAUGAUGCAAAAUGAACAAGACUUACAAUUAAAUGGUGAGUCAAGUCGCGAUUCAUUGGAGUCUAGUGAAAUAUCAUCUGAUGCAUUCUCACAUAACUUUCGUCAAAAACAAAGACAAUUCGAUCGUAUUAAUGUUAAUAACAUUACUCAGCACAUACAGAAUAAUAAUAAUAAAAUUACAAUAAUAAUUAAACAUGAUAAUGGACCAAAACCAGAACAAAGAAUCACACCUCAAAUAAUUUACAUUCAACCAGCAGCUAGUCAACCAAAUUUAUAUUCAACAAAUGUCAAUCAAAUAGAUGAUGAUUUGAAUGAAACAGACGUUUAUAAUAGCCUUGAUGAUCUCGAAAGCGAUGAACUGUAUCAAUUUUAUAAUGAAAGUCCAAUUGAUGUACCUGAUGAUUUCAAACGAAAUUCAUAUCUCGUUUUGAAUUUAAAUGAUGCUGCAAAUAAGAAAUUAAAGAGAAGAAUUUGCACACCAACCAGGAAUCUAUUGCCAAUGCCAAUAAUUAAUGAUCGAAAAUACUCAACAUUAGCAAGUGGUGGGAGUAUUGACAAGGUCGCAAAAAACAGCAAUAACAAGGAAGAUAACGAGAAGACAAGACAACACCAAAAUAAUAACUUGCAAAAGCAAUCAGUUGUGAAUAAUACUCAAAGAAAAGCAGUAGUGCCAGUGAAGCCAAAAAGAAAUAUACAGCAGAAAGCAGCAACUCUUCAGCCUGAUUCGAGUAAGUCAACCACAUUUGGUGAACGCAAGCAGAAUUUCAAAGAGCAGUAUAAUUGGAAUGUUGUCUUUCCACCUACGACAAUUCAUGAAAACUCCAUUUUAUAUCGUGAAACAGCAUUAAGAAAUUCUAUGCGUAAUAAAUGGAAAAAGAUGAGUGAAAAAAUGGUUACAAUGGGAAGUAGCAAUCUAUGUAAUGAUUUUGGCGGUUCCACUAAAGAAUUAUCGCCACGAAAAGUGCAAAAUGCAAAAUUAUUAUUUGAUCAAAAACAUGCAAAAAGUGAAAUUAGUUUGAAUCAGUUAAAAAAUGACGAAACCAAAGCUCAAACUUCUGUUCUCCUCAACAUGAUUGGAUUACCAUUCAAUUGGAAAUCGCGUAUGUUGAUGAGUAGACCAAACAACAAUAAUAAUAGUGCUAAUAGUGAAAAGAAUAAAAAAAGACCAAAUUUAUUGACAAACUUUUGGAAGAAAAAGCGCAUUGGGGACGCAUUAACCUGCAAUAAACGAAUUCAAGAUUCGGAUGGUGGAUUUUUUGAGAGAUUCGGCUCAAUUCUCUACAGUCAAGGCGAAAACCAUGACGAGAAAGUUAAGGAGACUGCAUCAUUACCUAGUCCAUCAAUUGAAGCUGUUGUCUCCAGCAAAUUAAUACAGAAAUCAGAAGCAACAAUCGAAUCAAGAUUUGGACUUGAAGAUGAAGGAAAAGAUAGCGGAAAUGAAUCUACAGAAGCUGAUAGUGAUAGUGAGGAAAAAAAGGAAGAGAAUUUUAAAAAGAUCCAAAACUCCCUAGUUGGCAUGAAUAUUGAAGAAUUGUAUGAGGAAAUUCUUUAUGAAAUUUUGCACAAUGUGGGAAGUGAUGAAUCUAAAAUUGAUCCUGAGAAAAUGUACAAUUAUAUGCAGGAAGCUUUCAAAAUCCCAGAGGAAUCGCAUGUAGAGUUAUUAGAGAAAGCCAAAUUCAAGGAGCCUCCUGAGCUCAGGUUGAAUAUUGAAAUUAUUGAGGCUAAAGAUCUAAAUUCGAAGGAUCCGAAUGGACUUGCAGAUCCUUUUGUAACACUUUAUAUAGCAUCAGCACCAACUACACGAUAUACGAGCUCCGUUAAAUCUGGAACAUUAAAUCCCAAAUAUGAGGAACAUUUUUCAUUACCAAUAUCAGAAAAUCCUAACGAUGAUACACUUGUUGUGGAAGUAUGGGAUUUUGAUCCAGCAGAAACAAUUGGCGAGAAGAUGAAUAAGUUUUUUGACGUAAAAGGCGCGAAAGGAUUCCGUAAAUUGAUGAAGGAAAUUGCAGUAACGGCGUCAUCAGGAAAGCAUGACAAUGAGUUUGUUGGAUCAGCAUCAGUUCCGCUUAAAACUAUUCCUGCCAGUGGUCUCACAAUGUGGUAUAAUCUUGAUAAGAAAGGAAAGACGAGAACGCAAGGAACAAUCAAAGUUAGGCUUAAUUUCAGCAGUGAAAAGAACGACCAAGUUGCAUCACAAGAACAUCGCCAUUUAUUGAAAAUUCUCCUUUAUAAUGAACUAGAAUUGUCUAAAGUCGCUCAUUAUUGGUGGUCAGGAAAGUUCAGUCAAAUGGCAGAAAUCAUUAUUACACAACAUCAAGCACAAAGUGGUUUAACAGACAUCGAUGUGGCAUUUGCUCAAUGGUCUGUGUUCACAGAAGUUCAUCAACAACAUCCAUUAUCAUUUGAGUUAUUUGAAAGCAUUCUUGAUGUCCUCAUACGACCAAUUCAGACGAAAAAUGUGAGCCAUGAUGAAGAAAUCUCACUCUUUUGGGAAGCAACUAAAAGAUUAUUGCCAUCUUGCUUUGGAAUUAUUAGGAAAUUAAGGAAGAAGCUUGCUGGAGAUUCAAAUGCAAUGAAGCAUCUUAUAAAAGCAUUAAAUAUAAUUGCAAAAAUCUCAAUGUUAGAACCACCAGAUCAAUUUGACUUGUUUCCUGAACAAUACUAUGGAUGGCUUAAAAAGAGUAAUUCAUCAACAUCCUGGGAUAUUCGCGAAGCUAUCAAUCAAGCUGUCACGAUAGGGACAGAAGAAUAUUAUGAGAGUAUCGUUGACCAUAAUGAACUUAAUAGUGAUGAUAACGACGUUAGAUUACAACAAUUAAUCAAAAUUAUUCAACUGGUUAGAUCUGACUUACAGAGGGCUAUUGAGCAUCAUGAUAAAGUCUUCCAGGAAACAAUGAAUUACCAAUAUGCAGGCAUGCUUUAUAAAGUCUAUGAUAAAAAGUUGAUGGAGCAAGUGAAGCCGGUUGUUAUUGAUAUAUGCAAUUCAAAAAUUGAACGUUUAGACUUGUUAGAUCGAAAGGAUAUGAAGCACAAUAGAUAUGAAGAAAUUAAUAUGCUGACAACGCUCUUUGAACUGUAUUUAUUGUUGAAACGAUUUGCUGUCUUGGGAACUGCUUUGUGUCCUGGUAUCACGGAAUUCGAAAUCAGUGAUUAUUAUGAAUGGUUUACCAAUGGUGUUGCUCACUGGCUAGACAUUUCACUUUAUAAAGCAUUGACAAGAAUCAAAAAAGCAAUAGAACUUGAUAGUCUGAUUGCAGUCGAUGCAACAGUUAAAUAUAGCAGCUCCGCGGUUGAUACAUUAGCGAUAUUUUAUCAAAUUCGUAUAUUUUGGCAACAAUUGGCAUGGCCAAGUGCAGAAGGUGCUUUCAUAUUUGUCAGCAAAAUUGUUGAUGAUAUUUGCAAAUGUUGUACAUUUUAUGGUGAUACAAUGGCUGAACGAGUUGAUAGUUUAGGAAUGGUGGAGACAAUUUACGAGAAGAAAUUUGAAGUUACAUCUGAAUGGUGCUUGGCAAUUAACAAUAUUGAUUACAUUCGUCAAAGCAUUCACUCCUUUGUCAAAGAAAUGGGCGUGGAUGAUAUAAUUAGAAAUAUGAGUGAUUUUCGUGGACCUUUGGAUGCACAGCGCUGCUCUGAUACAUUACAAAAUGUCAUUGAAAAUGCAAUUGACAUUGGAAAGAAUAAAAUUUAUGAAUUGACACAGAAACUCGCUCGAAAAAUGAGUCCUGCAAUGCGACGAUUUUUAGUUGAAGGUGCUGAACUAUUCGAUCAGGAUUCUAAUUCAAUGGAUCGUCUCAUGAUGUAUAUGGAGGAUUCAUUAAAGACACUUCAUACUGAAUUGAAUGAUGACAAUUUUAUGCGUAUGCUUGAUGUCAUAUGGGAUGAAUUGGCGAGUAUUUUAUAUGAUUUAGUUCACUCGUCAUUCGAAAAGCGUAGACCGCCUGCAUUCUAUUCAAAUUUACGUUCUACACUUCAAGUUAUGGUAGAAAAUUUCAAGUGCCAAAAUGAUCAGCAAAUUCAAUCAACCGAUAAAGAGACACUAGAGAAAAUUGAUAAGCUUCUGGAAAUUCACGGCUUUGAAACGUCAGAUCUCAUUCAUCAGUAUUACAAAGAUAGAUACACAAUUCAACAAAAUAUGAGUGAUACACCUUUUGGCAUAUUAACAGUUCAGUGCUUUUUCCAAGGGAAAACAUUAGAAAUUGAGAUUAUGAAUGCAAAACAUUUAUUACCAAUGGAUACCGAUGGAAAAUGUGAUCCAUUUGUCAGAAUUCACUUCUUUCCAGAAGAAAAGUUUUUAUCAGUUGGACAACCAAAAACUAAAGUUCACCAAAAGACACUCUUUCCGUUAUUUGAUGAGAAAUUUACAAUAACUCUGAAUGAUGAACAACGUAAAAUGAACGAGGCAGUCAUUCUGUUUAGCGUUAAGGACCAUGACUACUUUGGUUACGCUAAUCAAUAUGUUGCUGAAGCAUUUUUGAUGUUUAAAGACAUUGCAGAUAUAACUGGUGAAAGCGGAAGCAUUAAACAGUUGCAUUUAACAUUAACAAGACCACAAAACGAUGAUAUGGAGACUGUUAAGGCCCUUCAAUAUCGAGUUGGUGAUAAGCUUGCAAAGGAGUUCUUGAAGAAAUUGAAGACUAAAAUUUCGGACACACAAGCUAAAUGAACACGAGAAUAAAACGUUUUAAAUUAGUAAUUGAUGUUGUCUCUUUUUGUGCCUUUAACUCAUUUUAAUUUUAAUAACAAAUAAAAAUAGAACCUAUCGAUGGACAUUAAUGUCAAAUGAAAUAUUAA